UUUCCUAGUUUUAAUCAAAGAGGUUGAUGCAUUUAUUCAUUUCUCUGUCACCAUAUCAUUAACUUCAUCCAUUCUUGUGGACCUAGUGUUGUUCAUUCACAAAUUUAUGGAGUGAAUACUUUGACAACAACAGAAUAGGCAAAACCAUGUGAACUUCAUGUGCUUUUGUCUCUCAAAUUUCUCUUCACCACAAAAAAUAUGGGUAUGAAACUUUCCAUUAGCUUAUAUAUAUACACACAAAGCAUUUGAGUAGAAAAUUGUGUAGAAGUUCCAAAAAAAACCCUUUCAUUGUCUGUGUGAUUCUCAAAAUUCUUCUUCUUUCUUUGCCUUCAUCAUUUGGAGUUACAAAAACAUUUCUUGAAGAAAAUGACUAUCCGGUUCUUAAGGAGGUCUUCAACAUCCGGAGGUGUUCCAAAAGGUCAUUGUGCAGUGUAUGUAGGAGAGAGCCAAAAGAAGAGAUUCGUCGUGCCAGUAUCAUACUUGAGCCAGCCUCUAUUUCAAGACUUGUUAGCUAAAGCAGAAGAAGAGUUCGGCUUUGAUCAUCCAAUGGGUGGUCUUACAAUACCUUGCAAAGAGGAUGUGUUUGUUGAUCUUACUUCCCGCUUAAGAAGAUCGUCAUAGUGAAUAUUCUUCAACAAAUGAUAUUGUGUAGAAUAGUAGCGCUUGCAAAUGAGAAAGAGAAUACUAAGAGAGGAAAAUUUACUGUAUAGUUCAAAAUUACAAGAACCUAGGCUAGGAGGGAAAUUUUUUCUUGUUUAUGAAUAGAAAACGGUCUACUUCUGAUUAUUUUC